AGUGAGGCGCGUUUGCAAAUCUAAAGAGCGGAAAAAGAAAAAAAAAGAAGGCAGAGAGAGAGAGAGAUGGGAAGCAGCAGCAAGCCGUUGGGACCCACAGGGGAGUUCUUCAGGAGAAGGGACGAGUGGAGGAAGCACCCGAUGCUUUCGAAUCAGCUCCGCCACGCCACUCCCGGCCUCGGCAUCGCUCUCGUCGCCUUCGGUGUCUACUUGGUCGGCGAGCAGUUCUACAACCGCGUCAUCUCUCCUCCUUCUUCUCACUCCUCCUCCUCCUCUUCUCACUGAUGAGGAGGAUUCAUUCAAUCAAUCUAUUUCAGAUUGGCUGCUCAGCAAGAGGAAUGAAGUCUGGAGUUCCUCAUCUUUCAGUGCCCCCUUUCUGGUUUGUAUUUCAAUAAAAAGUAUUCAGUUAACUAGAGCCUUAAAGAACUUGAAGGCUGUGAAUUUUAUUAUGUAGAGGUUUGUCAUGUGUCUACUCUACCCCUGAAUGGCUACAUUUGAAGGUUGCAUAAGUUGAAGUAUGUGUUUUUUUGCUUCUGA